AUGGCCACCGACUUCACACAGGAGUCCCUGCUGCGCUUCAUCAUCAACAACGGCGGGAAGGUGCGAAAUGUGGAUUUAUUAACCCACUACAGGCGGUUUUUGCGGGAGGACGAAGAGAGUGAGCAGAACCGGGAGUUAUUUAAGAGGUACGUGAACUCCGUGGCGACUGUGAGGCAGGAGGAGGGGGUGUCUCAUGUUGUGCUGAGGAAAAAAUACCGUGUGCAUCUCGGAGACAUCGCCAAGAACCGAGAGCCCGAGCAGCAGAAUGAACGAGACUCUAAACCUCAAGCUGCUUUGACCGUCCCAACUCGUGUUGAAAUCUUGCCAGUUGCUGGAAUCCUCACCACCAACAACAACAACAACGAUUCUGCUCCCAGUUUUGAGAAAGCUGUCAGAACUUCAUCACCACAUGGGAGGGAACAACCUGCUGUCUCUGCUUCCUGCGCGGAACAGGUUAACAACACCUGCCCUUUGAAAGUAACCCCAUCCGACACGGACAGUCGCUCGAGUGGGAGCGGCCAGAGCUUUGAACAGCCAUGGGAGUCGAAAGCAACCAGGGAGGCAACAGAUCUGGAACACAACGGUGUUUAUGUUGCCAAACAGAGACAAUUAAGGGAAGCAGAUGGUUGCGAGCAGUCCUUCGUCAACCCUGCUUACUAUGAGGUUAGAGUGUCGCCUACGGUUGAAAGGAAAAGUUUGAAUCCAAGCACAUCGGACGUUCACACCAAACACUCAGCCGAGCCUGUCGCCGAAGAAUGGCCUUUGUGCUCGACCCUCGGACAGUCUCACAUAUACAAGUCUUCGCCUUGUCUGCUGGACCGCCCUGUUUCUCCACACAUACACUCCCAGACGUACAACCAAGUAGGCUUAAGCCGAAGCAAUGAUAGCCUACUACGACCAAACGGAGGGUUUAAUGGAUUUCCGAUCCAGGAGCGGGAUGAAUAUGAGUCUCACGGCUUGUCCGUUGACGACCCUCAAGUCAAUGCAAGUGCAACGUACUUGCAGAUCCGUCACUCAUCGAGUCUUUCCUCAAGUCAUGACAGCGUCUCAAUCCCCUCGCCUUGUUCUACACCACCUGACACUGGUUGGCCGCACGGCAAUGAGUGGUCCAGCGAUCAGGGUCUUAUCCCAGGACAAGAUGGGAAUGAUGUACGAGCUUUCCUACGUCGCACUCAGGAAGAAAGGCUGAUGUCGCAACUCUACCAACCGAGUCGCAACAUCACGUCCAUGCACAACUCGACCGGUCACCUCAUCGACGAGGACUCGAGGGCUUCUACGCAAAGCAGUUCACCGGAGACCUGUCGCGGACCCAUCGUCCGCCGCUUGACGUCCCGUCUGCAGAGUCGCAUGUGUCGGAGUCUCGGAGAAGACCUGGAUCAGGCAUUCCCAGAGGACAACAUCUCGGCACGGCACAACCGACUCCAGCUGCUGUCCUCGACUCUGAGCAUGGGCAAUUUAGUCUCGCAGUCCUCUAGCCGAGGACAAAGUUCCCGAGACCUCUUGUCGCCUGCUGGAUCCACACGAAGCUUGGCGACCUCCUUGCACGAUGGUUCCUUCAGCGGCAAACAUCCCUCAUCCAUCCCUCUUGACCCCAGAGAACACGACUGGUUUGUCAAAGCGGCAUCAGGCACAUGGACCGACAUCUAUGCUCUAUUCCGAGAUGACCCGAACCUCCUGAGCAAGCAAGACUUCAUAUCCGGCUUCACCAUCGUCCACUGGAUCGCCAAGCAUGGUGACCACCGCGUCCUGAAUACGCUGUGGUACGGCGUCGACAAGGCUGGGAUGACUUUAGACAUCAAUGCAAAGACCUUGUGUGGAUACACGCCGCUCCACCUGGCGGUCAUUCACGGCCACAAGAAAUUCAUUCGGCUCCUGGUGCAAAAGUUCAACGCUGACGUGCGGAUACGGGACAGCAGUGGUAAAAGAGCAUGGCAAUAUCUGAGCAAAAACGAAAACUGGGACAUCUUAGAACUUCUGGGUGCCCCACAGAAAUGCAUCAGCGGUAGUCCAGCGACGCCAGCAAACCUGACCGCAAGACCUGCCAACACCAGGGUGAACAUCAACAGACAUUCAUCUAUCGCUGCACUGUUCAAACACAAGUCUCACUUGAGGGUCUCAUCUAGUCCAGAAGCCUUUUAG